CGACCUGUUCGUAUGGCAAGGAAUAGGGGAUUAUAUUUCCUCUUUUUUGUUCAUUUUCACUCAUUUUCUUGUGAAUUUCGCUCAAUGAAAUACUUUUUGGUAAUUUUCAGGUGUUUAUUUAUUCGUUUUCUGGUCAAUUUCGAACACCAUGAGUGAGACGUACUACAUAGGGGUUGAUGUCGGCACAAGCAGCGUCCGGGCGGGCUUGGUGUCUCGCCUGGGGUCUGUGAUGAAAAUGCACACUAUACCCAUCACCGUCUCGAACCCCAAGCCAGACUUUUACGAGCAGGAUUCGGAGGAGAUUUGGAAAGCUGUUUGCGAGGCCGUGAAGUUUGUGACAAGCGAGGUGGCGGAUAAAUCGUCCAUUGGCGGCCUAGGCUUCGACGCCACUUGCUCCCUGGUGGUGCUGGAUGGCAACCUUAAACCCGUCACUGUUAGUCCGGCAACGGGGGAGGAUCGAUUCAAUAUAGUGAUGUGGAUGGACCACCGGGCCAAGGAGCAGGCGGAUCGCAUCAACGCUGGCGGACAUGAAGUGUUGAAGUACGUUGGGGGGAAAGUUUCCCUCGAAAUGCAGACCCCAAAGCUCCUAUGGCUCAAGACGCACCUCAACGAAAGCUGGAGACGAGCUGCGCAUUUCCUGGACCUUCCGGACUUUCUGACGUUCAGGGCGACGGGGCGGCUGUCUAGAUCCUUGUGUUCGACGGUGUGCAAGUGGACGUACAAGUGUGAUGGGAUCAGCCAGGAAUGGGAUCGUGGCUUCUUUAAGGACGUUGGCCUUGAAGACUUGGCCGAGGAUGGGUGGUGUAAAAUUGGCCAGAAAGUGCUUCCUCCAGGAACAGACUGUGGGCAGCUGUCUGCAGAGGCGGCCGCUCAGUUGGGCCUGUCAGAGUCGACUCAUGUGGCCACUUCCCUCAUAGAUGCGCAUGCAGGUGGCCUAGCUCUGGUGUCUGCUCAAGCUAGAGCCAAGGAGGACUUGAUUGGGAGACUUGGUCUCAUCUGCGGGACUUCCACCUGCCACAUGUGCGUGAGCGAGCAGCCCAUCUUUGUGCCGGGUGUGUGGGGGCCAUACUUGAGUGCCAUGGUGCCUGGCUGCUGGCUCAAUGAGGGAGGCCAGAGUGCCACUGGGGCCCUUGUUGAUCAUGUCAUCAGGAGCCACCCAGCUUCAGGAAAGUGCCCUCAGAGCGACAAGUAUGGUUGGUUAGAGGGCAUCCUGUCGGUCAUGGCGGAGGAGAAUGGUCUCGCCCACACCUCUCUGCUCACCAAAGAUGUGCACGUCUAUCCAGACUUCCAUGGGAAUAGGUCACCAUUAGCAGAGCCCUCUAUGAUGGGCAUGGUGUGUGGUUUGACUCUGGAUGUGAGUGAAAGAAACUUGGCUGUGCUUUAUUUGGCCACAAUUCAAGCUCUGUCUUAUGGAACGAGGCACAUUAUAGAGCAACUUCGAGCAUCGGGCCACGUCAUUACCUCAGUCCUCAUGUGUGGGGGACUCUCCAAUUCACCGCUCUUUAUCAGCACCCAUGCAGAUGCACUGGGUGUUCCUGUGCUGAUCCCAGCCACCAAACAGUCUGUACUUCUGGGGUCAGCCAUGCUGGGUGCUGCUGCCUCAGGAGACUUCCCUGACUUGACCUCAGCUGCGAUUGCAAUGGGUGGGGCAGCACAGGCCUUCCAUCCAAGGAAAGAACUGAAGGAAUACCAUGACAAGAAAUACAACAUCUUCAAGAGGAUGCAGUCGGAGCAGCUAGAGUACCGUCGCACAAUGGGGAGCAUUUAACAGCACCUUGGUAUUACCUUUCCCUUUGUCCGAUAUUGUAUUUUAGGAUUGGUGUUGACUUGCGAUGAUAUGCGUUUUACUUGUAAAUCACAAGUUUUAUUCCAAAAUUAGGCUGUUUCUAUGAAAGGUUGUUAAGAUUACUUGUUGUUUCUUUUUAGUAUUGUGAUAACAGGGAAUUCUAAAGGAUACAAAUAGUUAGAAGAGAUGUAUUUCACAUAACAUAUGUACUUUUCAAGCUUGUUAAGAUUAGCUUUGUUAUGAUUCUUAAAAGUAUUGUUGAGUGAAUAUGCCAUUUUGUAAAA